AUGCCAGAACCAGAAUGUUGGACUCCAUGGUUUGAUCGAGACAACCCCGGUGGGAAAGGAGACUUUGAGGUUCUUUCUCGCCUGCGCAUGGAAAACCCCAUGCAAAUCUGCCAAAUUCCUAUUGAAAUUGAAGUUCAGACCAUAUCCGGAGACAGCGCAUAUUCGACAGGCGAAACAUUUUUUGCAUUUGAUACAGACAACGGAUUCAUCUGUAGAAAUGAAGACCAAAACCCUAGAAUUGGAGACGAAAUCCGUAGAAAUGAAGAACAUUCGAGCAGAGGUUGCUCAGAUUAUCAAGUUCGUUUUCAGUGCCCCCUAAAAUUCUGCGCCCAUGAAGAAUGCUGGACUCCAUGGUUUGAUCGAGAUGAUCCAACUGGUCAAGGAGAUUUUGAAACUCUUUCCGAACUGCACAGAGAAAACCCAUGGAAGAUCUGCGAACAUCCAAUUAAAAUUGAGGUCCAAACUCUGAAUGGAGACAGCGUUAGUUCAACCGAUAAUGUCAUUUACGCAGCUGACACAGAAACUGGAUUUGUUUGUCGAAAUUGUGACCAGCCUCACAAUGGUCGUUGCAGAGACUAUCAAGUUCGUUUCUUGUGCCCCCUUGAAUUCUGCAGAGCAAAAGAAUGCUGGACCGAAUGGUUCGAUCGUGACAACCCCACCGGUACUGGAGACUAUGAAAGUCUUUGUGAGCUUCGCAAAGAAUUUCCAUAUAAAAUCUGCCCGACACCAUUGCAAAUUGAGGUCGAAACUGUGUAUGGGUUCAGUGUGGCUUCAACGGGAGAUGUGAUUGCUGUAGCUGACACAGAAACAGGUUUCAUCUGUAGAAAUUCAGACCAGAAGGACGGGUAUUGUGCUGAUUAUGAAGUGCGCUUUAGUUGCCCCCUAAAUUUCUGCCAGCAGAGCGUGUGCUACACACAUUGGUUCAACCACGAUGAACCAGGCGGAAAAGGGGACUAUGAGCUCCUCUCUUUUCUGAGGUCAAUGCAUCCUGAUAUCUGCGAAAGUCCUCUCAGCAUCGAAGUCGUCGAUGCUUCUAAUGACUAUCCGUUUCCGAUGACUGGCCAGACACCUUAUGUGUAA